AUGGCCAAAUCUGUCUCUUUAGAAUAUCGGAUUUCGAUUGAUGAAGAAACUUCAAAUAAUGAAAAAAUUUCACAAGUCGAUCUCCAAAAUCCACACAGUGGAAAGAAAAUAGACAAGGUCGUUUACUCACCAAGGAAUGAAUAUUUUGCGACUGCGAGUUUUAUGGAUCGUUCAGUUUGCGUGAGAAAGUUUGCGCAAGGAGAAAAAGGAGAGCUCGAAUUAAAAUUGGAUCGUUUUUUUGACCUUAAAGAAACAGUUUUAGAUUCUCCAAUUUGCGUCUCGGAUUCCAAUAGUAUUCUUAUAGGAAGCCAUUAUAGAGGUUCUAAAAUCCUUGAAACUAGAGAUUAUAAAAACAAUAAAAGGAAAUUACUGGAUCACAAAGAUUACAAUGGCGACAUAGUCAAUUGUGGAUUUCUUACAAAUGGCGAUUUUGUAGCUGUUGAAAGGGAUCCUGCUUAUCAGUUCCACAUCUUUUCGAUUAUCAGAAAUAGAUGGCGCUGCACGAGUAGCACUAAACUCAAUAAAUUUAAACAUGCAGUUAUUUCUCAGGAUAGAAUUUUUAUUAUCUUAGAUGCACCUUUUGUAACCAUGCAAUGGAAUCUGUUAACACAAAAGUUUGAGGCGCAAUACGAAUUAGAUUGGAGAUUGGUCGAGCAUCGUAAAAGGGAACUUCUCUUUAUCUAUUUUGGACAGGAGAAAACAUCUUAUGCAAUUACUCCACCUACAUCAUCGUCUUCGCUCGAACUUCAUUACUUGCCGAAUUCUUCCUCAGAGUCAAAAAAUUCAGGAGAAUCACAUUUAUCGGCUAAAAUUAAUUUUAUUCUACAAUAUCACAACGAUCAGUCUUUUAAAGAUCAAUCAAACAAUGAACUUGGAAAAUAUAAAGACGAAAAACACUCUUUUGAAGAGAUGUGGAAAGAGGACACUCGUGAUGAAAAUAAAGUCGAUUUACAACGAGAAGAUAUAAAAAAACAUUUAGAUGAUAUUUUAUUAAAAUGUGAAUCAAAACAAAUCGAGAAAUCGUUAGCCAAACAAUCGUCAACCCUGGAUUCGUUAGACGGUAAGCGAUAUACCUGGACUGUUCAAAACGCGUCUCAUGACAAUAUGUUAGUAGCUAUAAUAACAGCUAGAAAGACUGCGAUGGAUGCGGUAAUAGGAAAA